AUGGCUCCACAGAUAACAACUAGAUCCUCCGUGGAGGUAGCAACCACCCCGGUCCUAUCAAAUGACAUAGAAACUGUAGAUCUUAUCGAGGCUAACAUCGUCGCUUCAGGUGCCAACAAGAAAACAGUCCGUGUAGUCAACGGUCUUGGGUCCCUUAUGGGAUCUAAGGAAAUUACACAAUUAGACGACUCUAUAACAGCAAAGGUUCAACCUUCUACAACGACAUCUGGGGAAAAAUUACACAUAUCCGAACAACCAUGGACUCUUAAUAACUGGCAUCAACACAUAAAUUGGCUUAACAUGGUCCUCACAGUGUUUAUCCCAGCUAUUGGAUUCUAUUUCGCUCUAUCAGGUAAAGUACCAGUAAGGAAAAAUGUGGUACUAUUUGCCCUCUUUUAUUACGUCGCUUCUGGUAUUACAAUCACUGCCGGGUAUCAUCGUCUAUGGUCUCAUCGUGCAUUCGAAGCACGUUGGCCAUUACGUCUAUUCUUCGCCAUAUUAGGUGCCGCUAACGUACAAGGUUCCAUUAAAUGGUGGGGACAUUCACAUAGAAUCCAUCAUCGUUACACAGAUACUCCCCGUGAUCCCUACGAUGCUCGUCGUGGUCUAUGGUAUUCUCAUAUGGGUUGGAUGUUAAUGAAACCAAACCCAAAAUAUAAGGCUCGUGCGGAUAUAUCUGACUUGAACGACGAUUGGAUUGUUAGAUUCCAACAUAGACAUUAUAUUCCAAUUAUGAUUCUCACUGCAUUCGUAUUCCCCACUUGGGUCGUCGGCAAAUAUAUCUCACCUGGAGAUUACAUGGCAGGGUUCAUCUAUGCAGGAAUUCUUAGAGUAUUCGCCAUUCAACAAGCAACUUUCUGUAUUAAUUCAUUGGCUCAUUUCCUGGGAGAUCAACCAUUCGAUGAUAAGAGAACCCCAAGGGAUAAUUGGAUUACCGCUUUGGUCACGUUCGGUGAAGGAUACCAUAAUUUCCAUCAUGAAUUCCCCACUGAUUAUAGAAACGCUAUCAAAUGGUAUCAAUAUGAUCCAACAAAAUUAUUCAUUUAUGCUACUUCCAUAUUGGGUCUUGCCCUAAAUUUGAAAACUUUUGAUGCAAAUGUCAUUCAACAGGGGAUAGUACAACAACAAGAAAAGAAAGUCAAUAAAAUGAAGAAUAAAUUACAUUGGGGCCCCACUUUGGAUGAAUUACCAGUUUGGGAUAAGAAGGAAUUCGUCGAACAAGCACAACUCAAUAAGAAUCUAGUGGUCAUCUCAGGGAUAAUUCAUGACAUAUCAAAUUAUAUUCCAGAACAUCCAGGUGGGGAAUCUUUGAUUAAGCAAGCCUUGGGUAAAGAUGCAACAAGAGCAUUCCAAGGUGGUGUCUACCGUCAUUCCACCGCGGCACAAAACGUAUUAUCUGAAUUGAGAGUUGCUGUUUUGAAGGAAAACGGGAAUGCCGCUAUGAAUUUUGUCAAGAGAAGAGGUGAACAAUUUGACAAGAAUAAGUUUGAAUGA